GGCGUCACCGAAUCCACAUCCACUUUACCAAAACUAAGUGUCACACGACAUUCAAUUUUAUCAAUUCAUUACAGUCUGUCACGAGGCUAUGACAGCUUUGUCGUUGGAGUGCACCAAUAACUCCUUCCUUUGUCGAAACCGAAUCUUGGCUUUCCCGAACCAAAAUGCAUUUACAGGCGUUCUGGCUCUUGAGUUUUGUUGUAUUCUCAUCCGACAUGUAUGGGUGUCUCUGGCAAGAGAUCAGCAUGGCGCGCUUGGGUUAAAUGGGCCUUUUUUCCUCCUGUGUUUGUACUCCCCGGCUUCUCAAAGCUGUAGGGGGCAGGUGUUCUGUCUAGGGUUUCAUCAAUCUGGUCUUGUAUUCUUAGGUCUUGGAAACCUAUCUUCUUUCUUACCUUACUCUUGUACCCCGUCUUGGGAUCUGCUGCAUCGCAUUGAUGGCAUAGUGGUAGUCGGAGAAACCAUUACUGCGCCACAGGACGUCUUUUUGGAUUGGAAGGAUUCCCUGCUGCCGGAUGCCGGACGAAAUACCCUUUGGUCAACGUGGCUAGGCUGGGGUAGCCGCGAUAGAUUAUAACAACACUAUUUCCUAUCCUCUAAUUCAAGGCAUUGUGUCAAACAGACCGCUAGUUGCAGUUUACAGGUGGCUUUGUGAUGACACUGGCCAGGCUGACACUGAUUACUGCUAGAUUAUGAGAUUUAUAUGGUGCGCAGCAUGCAUGUCUUGUAUCAUACUCGGGCAGUUGGACUCUGACAUGCCAGUCUUACCGGCCGCCAAAAGCCUCUUCCAUACAUGGAUACCAGGAGCCCGUGGGAAAGAGUCAUUGGGUGCUUAGCACUACAUACCACCCAGCUCGCCAGGACAAAG